CCUGCCGGGGUGUGGCGAGGCGGAGGCGGGACCUGGCGCGCGCUGCCGCAGUGCGACUGCGCACAGUCUAAUCCGCGGGGAGAGAGAAUUGCGCAUGCGCGCCUGUCUCCCGGGACGCUAGAGCAGGCGAUUCCCGGGCUGCUCCGUCGUGGCCUGUUAAACGUUCCUGUGUUGUUCAGUGCCAGAAUGAGUGACCGCUAUUUAGAACAAAGGAUUAGUAUCAAAUUUUGCGUGAAAUUGAACAAGUCUGCAAGUGAGACCCACCAUCUUUUAAAAGAAGCUUAUGGGGAUGAAGUCAUGUCAAGGGCCAGAGUUUUUGACUGGCACAAAAGGUUUAAAGAAGGACGGGAAGAUGUUCGAGAUGAUGCCCGAAGUGGGCGUCCAGUCACCCACCGAACAGAUGACAAUAUCCAGAAGGUCAAGGACUUGGUUUGUUCAAACAGGCAGUUAACCGUGAGGAUGAUGGCUGAAGAGUUAAAUUUAGACAAAGAAACUGUUAGGCUCAUUUUGAAAGAAAACUUGAACAUGAGGAAGAUUUCUGCAAAAGUUAUUUCGGGUGUUUUGAAGGGUGAGCCUAAACCACGAAAACUUGACUUUCGGUCCGAUCUUUCAAAGGAAACUAGGAAAAAUAGCUCAUGUUUGAGGAAAAAGGUAACAGGUUCUGAAACAUGGAGUUAUCUCCAGGGUGAAGCUGGUGGGGAAAUGCCCCUGCCGGUAUCCCAUCCCAGAGUCCACUACUCUGCCAGUCAGCUUCUGCAGGCGUCAUCUUCAACAAGCCUUCCCCCCAGGGUAGCUGAGAAUUGGUUCACCCCAUGGUGAGAGGAAUGUGAGUUAGCUGAACCAGAACUAGGAUGCUGCCUCACUGUUAGGCACCUUCUUUGGCUGCUCACCUAUUUUUCAGUCUUCACCACUCCUCCCUAUGUGCCAUGGCCCUCCUCAUUACUCUUUGCUGGACUCUUGGACCAUUUUCCUUGCUGUUCUCCAUAACUUUGAAAAACUUUUGGCUGUUCCCUUCUGGUAUUUGCUUGUUCUUGAUUUCUUUUGCUCAACAAGUUUGGAUUUCUUCUCUGCCCAGACCUUAGCUUGUUGUGGCUGUCCUGUUCCUUUGUUCUCAACAUUCUGCCUCAGAGGAUCAUGCCAGUGAGAAGAGAGGAACAGGAUCUCCUGGAAUCUGUAUCUCUGUGCCCAGGGAAGCAUGCUUUUCUGGGAGGACCCCAAAAGAAGGCUUACAGUUUCAGCCUGCUUCACAGUCAGGGCCUGAGGUAUGGUACAGAAGGUAGUAGCAUGCUGGUACUACUGAACAGUGCUGGGCCUAGGGGCUGAUCUGGCCCAGAUGACUCAGUAGGCACCCUUAGGAAUCAGGGGUUGGCCACCAAUACUGAUCUUCUCACAGGCCUACACCUCACAGAAGAGCUGGGUUUGUUUCAUUCUGGUCCUAUGCUUUGGACCUCCACUCAUUUGGGUAUCACCCCUGUUGGAAGAGGAGGAUCUGGUGCUAGAAAAUAUAAACCCGGGGACCCAGGCCUAGGCUGUGUUGUGUGGGGAGGAAGACCAGGUGGCUCUCUAGUCCCUGAAUUAAGGGAGCCUGCUGCCUAUGUGCGGAUUCCCACACAGCAGCCUGUUUUUAGUAACUAAUGCCUAUAGUUUUGAGAACUUGCUGUUUUUAGAACACUGCUGGGCAUUGACAAUGUGGAAGUUAUGAACAAGAUCUCCAAGGGCUGAUGGGCUUCAUGGAUGAGAUGGUUCUUGAACUGGAUCCAUGAGGAUGGGUGAGACAGGGCUGUGAAAUUAGGGAAAGCUUCCGGGGCAGGUGGAACAGCAUGAGGCUUCCAACCUGCAUCAGUAGAAAAUGACACUGGCCAGGUGUGGUGAAUCACGCCUGUAAUCCCAGCACUUUGGGAGACUGAGGUGGGUGGAUCACAAGGUCAAGAGAUCGAGACCAUCCUGGCCAACAUGGUGAAACCCCGUCUCUACUAAAAAUACAAAAAUUAGCUGGGCGUGGUGGGGCACGCCUGUAGUCCCAACUACUCAGGAGGCUGAGGCAGGACAAUCUGUUGAACCCGGAAGGCAGAGGUUGCAGUGAGUGGAGAUUGUGCCACUGCACUCCAACCUGGCGACAGAGCUAGACUCUGUCUCAAAAAAAAAAAAAAAGGAAUUAGAAAAUGAUGACACUAUUGGCUAAAAUAACAAAGUUUAAAGAGGAAGAUAAUGGUGUUGCAGCAGAUGAACAAUUUGGGAUAAUUUGCUUUCUCUCCUAGGCCUCCAACUCUAUGCCACUUGUUGUUAAAUUGCUUCCCCUGAGUUUGUGAAUAGGUUUGUAACAACCAAUUUGAUAUCUGAUUUUCCAUUUGGACCCCAACAAGCAGUUUCUGCAAGUUCAAACUCUGUCUCUUCUCUUCCUGCCUCUGCCAGGAUUUAUGGAAUGGAACUUUUCCCAAGUGGGUUCCAAGUAAUACCACAUAGACUGGAAACAUUCAAGGGGCAGGGGUUUGGUAAUAGCAUUUCACAGAAUUGGCCAGUCUUUGUUUUACUCAAGGAUUUUUAGAUAUAACAGCUCCUCUUAAACAAUAUUGCUUGAUAGUAGAGGCACAACACUCAUUCAUCACAGUUACUUUUAGUGCUGUUCUUUCACUUUCUCUACUCACCUCCAAAAAUUACAAGUUCCUCAUUAACACCUGUUUUUGUUUUGUUUUGUUUUGUUUUUUGAGACGGAGUCUUGCUCUGCUGCCCAGGCUGGAGUGCAGUGGCACGAUCUCGGCUCACUACAACCUCCGCCUCCCAGGUUCAAGUGUUUCUCCUGCCUCAGCCUCCCGAGUAGCUGGGAUUACAGGUGUAUGCUGCUACACCCGGCUAUUUUUUGUAUUUUUAGUAGAGGCGGGGUUUCAUCAUGUUGGCCAGGCUGGUCUUGAACUUCUGACCUCAGGUGAUCCACCCACCUCAGCGUCCCAAAGUGCUGGGAUUACAGGCGUGAGCCACCACGCCAGGUCAACACCUGUUAGUUUUGAGGCACCUUGAAAGCUAGACCUUGUCCCACAAAGAGAAGAUACUGUGUAAGAAAACUCUUAAACCAAGCAACAGCUUAUAGACCUCCAGCUCCUUAACAGUUUCUAGACAUUCCAUUUCAGGACAAUGAAGUCUUCCUACAUCAGAUGCGGCUCUAGGUUGCCCACAAGCACUUGGCACCAGGGACACUGCACUUUAGGAACAAAGUCCCCACCACUAGUUCUUGCAGCUUUGUUGCUGAACCUCAUAGUAAUCCUUGCUAAGGCCUACCCAGUGGUAAUUGUUGCAGAUUUAUAUGCUCCUGGUCCCAGGCCAGGAUCCCACAACCAUACCUACAGGAGUUGUUUCUAACCUGUUAUAAAACAGAGGUCCUGAGACCACUUACUUCUGGAUUUUAUUCCAGUCCUAUGAACAGGGCUGGUGUGUCCCUGCCAGUGAUGCUGGACCAAGACCCAUGGUGGAGUGUAGAGUACCAGAAGCUAUGUUGGUGCAGACAUGGUUUAGACACAGCAACCAGAAGCAGGUAAUUAGGAGUGUGAAUUCAAAUGGUUCCAAUUGGCUAUAAUGAAAAGGACUUAUCCAGAGCAAACCAUUCACAUUUGGCUGCUCAGAAUUUCUAAACUCAAGGGUAGAGCAUGAUCUAGGCAUCUCCAAAUAGGAAAGUUCUUAUAUGAGUACUCCUAAUGUGCCCACCCACCAAAUCUAUUUUAUUGCUGAUGCACGUUUUGCUCUGGCCUGCACCUUGCUGCCUAGGCCUCUUGAGCUCCUGGUCCCGUAGUCUCACACAUCCAGCUAUGUGUCCGUCACACCCCAGGCUCUUGUCCUUGACUAUUUUCAGUCACCUCUCAGUUUAUUCUCCACAGUUUGCUCUUACUCCUCUCUUUCCUUGUUGCUUUGUUUUCUGGUCCUGGGUCACAUCUUCAGUAGCUGCUUUUGGUCACUUUGGUGUGCUGAUCCUUGUAUUGACCUUUGUGUCAUGGUUUUCCACUUAACUUACAACUGUUCUCUCUGAUUUUUUGGAUCCUUCUUUCAGCUCCCCGCUUCAGCUGCUGAGUAAGGAAAUUGUCUGCUCCAGCCCUGGCCCCAGGUUGCCUUCCUAUCUUAAAGAAGCAGGGUGGGGUGACAUGGGGGAAUUAUGUGUUGAUUUUGUUUUUUCUAAGGGACAUGGGCACCUUAGCCACCCUCAGUUGCACUCCCCAGAGGCACCCAGUGUCACCAGUUUCUCAAGGAGGCAAUAUGGUUACCUCUAGUAGCAAGAGUCAUGAAACUUCUUCAGAGCUGUAACAUCCAAAGCCCAUUCUCCUAGCAACUGUAUUUUCCCUGGCAGGAGAAGCUCCACCUAACCACAAUAGAUCAAGCCUGGCUUUCUGUGGGAUGUCAGUAGGAGAGCUGGCCAUCUGCAAACUUUCUCAAGCUUAACACCAUCGGUCAAUGACUCUGUUUGGCUUUCAGGUUGAUCUUUGUCCCCGCCCCCACGCUCCUUCUAAUUCAAAGUCCACAUGGAAUGUUUUAUGCCACAGCUGAGCGUCUAAGAGGAAUACAUACCUUCCGGGGCAGAUCAUCCUAACACUGACUUUAUGCAAUUCUCCCCUUCCAUCACCCCACCCUACCUUGCCUCAUUUGCCCCACUAGUGAUGAUCAAAAAGAGAAAGAAUAAAAUGUUCACCAAAUCUGUGACUUAGAAAAACAUGUGGAGGGUUCUGCCAUCUUCUGAAUUCUGAUCCUCACUGAGUCCUCAUUGAAAUGUUAUCAUUUGGGGAAGAAUGUUUACCUGGGGCUUCCUUCCCAGAACCUUUUUUUCAGAUCAAUUUUUUAGUCAACGUCUAGACUUGCCUUUGGAAAUGCCUGGAUAAAUCUGGAUGCUAAAUGACUUCAGGACACCUAAUAAAGGAAUGGGGUACUAUUGGGGAAUUGUCUGUCAUUGCAUUACAAAUGCUGCUCAGUCUCCCUGCUAUUUGCAGACAUCAUCACCAGAGAGUUUCACUAGGCUCAUUGGGAUUGGGCCUCAGCAAGGUCCCAUGUGACUCAAUAAGAGCCCACCUUUGCUGCUAAAUUGUGUAUGUUACCCUGCAUUCUCCAAUUGCUUCUUCUUCAGUCAGCCCACCCAGAUUUUACCAGGCAUUUAUAUCUUUUCUGAGGUAACCAUCAUGUAUUUAUGUUCUACAGUGUCUCCCUUAUCAGAUUCUUGCAAAUACUGUCCUAGUUGAAUCACCCCUUUCCCAGUAUUAAUAUCCGGAAACAAAAAAUCUAUAGUGGGGAGCUCCAGUGGGUCCCCUCCAAGGACUCACUUGGGCAUAGUCCAGUGGUCAACAGACUUCCGUAAAGGAGUCUUUAUGGGCCAUAUGGUCUCUUUUGCCACUAAACAUUUUAGUGCAAAAGUAGACAUAGUUAAUAUAGAAACAGAUGAGCACAGCUGUGUUCCAAUAAAACUUUAUAAAUGGAUACUAGAAUUUGAAUUUUAUAUAGUUUUUACAAAAUACUAUUUUGAUUUUUUUUAACCAUUGAAAAAUGUUAAAAAGAGGCCGGGCACGGUGGCUCAGACCUGUAAUCCCAGCACUUUGGGAGGCCGAGGCGGGUGGAUCACCUGAGGUCAGGACUUCGAGACUAGCUUGGCUAACAUGGUAAAACCUCAUCUCUACUAAAAAUAUAAAAAUUAGCCAGGCGUGGUGGUGUAUGUCUGUAAUCCCAGCUACCCGAGAGGCUGAGGCAGGAGAGUCACUUGAACCCGGGAGGCUGCAGUGAUCCAAGAUCUCGCCACUACUCCAGCCUGGGCAACAGAGCGAGACUCCAUCUCAAAAAAAAAAAAAAAAAAGUUAGACAUUCUUAGCUUUUAGGCCAUAGAAAAACAGAUGGCAGGACAGAUUUGGCCCAUGGGCUAUAGUUUGAUAUAACCCCCAGUCUAGUGUAUAUAAAGUGUGUAUAUAAAAAUGACAGAUGAUUAUUUUCCAUCAAUAACAUUAUUAAUGCCACAUUGAUCUGGCAGUGUCUGACAAUUUAUUUGUAGAAAUUGUGGGCCAGGCACAAUGGCUCAUGUCUGUAAUUCUAGCACUUUUGGAGGCUGAGGCGGGCAGAUUGCUUAAGGCCAGAAGUUAGAGACCAACCUGGGCCAACAUGGUGAAACCCCAUCUCUACAAAAAAAUACAAAAAUUAGCCUGGCAUGGUGGCACGUGGCUGUAGUCCCAGCUACUUGCAGGGUUGAGGCAGGGGGAUCACUUGAGCCCAGGAGGUCCAGGCUGCAGUGAGCCAUGAUCGUGCUACUGCACUACAGCCUAGGCGACAGAGUGAGACCCUGUCUCAAACAAAAAAAAGAAAUUGUGGAAUAUUGGAGGGAAUCUGUGGAGCCAGGAGAGUAAACUAAAGCUGAAUCAUUGGCUAUUUUACCUUGAAAUAUUCUGGUUUACAAAAUAAAUUUUGUGCUGUUUUUGACUAAAAAUGAUAUUAUAAAACCACCUAUAUUAUUCCCAUGUAAAAUAUCAAAACCAGUGUUGGCAACACUGAAACUGAUGCCAAGCUGCAACCAACAAUAAUAGAAUGAACUGAAGGUAGUCCCAAAAAUGAUUUGACCAUGGGUAGCAUUUGAAUAAGCUUAUGUUAUCACCUAUUAAAGUGUGUACUAUGGAGAUGACAAAACUCACUGAAAUGUAUUUUUUGCAUGCUUGCAAAUAUAUAUAUGUAUUACGGAUACAUAUGUGUAUUUGCACCUUGCAACUGGUGCUGAGAUCUGUCCUUUUAGGUAAGUGUAUUUGUCUUUUCCCCUAGAGAGCUCUUUAUUGUGUCACCUUUAUUUAAACUGAUUUUCCAAAGUUGUAGUAGAAUCUCAGCAUUGAACAGACCAUUACAACAGUGUCUGAUCCAGCCAGUCAUGUUUCCUAUGAGUUCAGGAGUAACUAAACCCUACAGCUGCUGAAAGAUUGCAUCUGAAAGAAGAUUCUGUGUUAAUUCACUCAACAAUUUUUUAUUGAGUGGCUGUAUGUGCCAGAUGCUAUCUUGUGUGCCGAGAUACAGCAGUGGACAAAAUAGACACAGGCCUUGGAUUAGAUGGUCUGAAAUAUAAUUAUAUUACUCUUCACUCUUGCAAAAUUUCUGUUCCAUGUGCGCACACUAACCCAUUGUUAACUGCAUACCUGGAAAUAGGUAUGACCGUUGCCACAUGCCUUUGCACUCUGGUCUUGAUGCCUCUCCAGCUGCAUUAAUAAUUUGAGGACUGCGUGUUUCAUUUAAAUUUUAUUAUCCUUUAGACAGAUCUAUAUUGGUAGAAAAACACACUGGCAAUGUUGGAAGUGUAGACUAGCAAUGGUUUUCUGAAAAGCAAUUUGGCAAUAUCUAUCAGGAGUCUUAAAAAUAUUUAGAUCCUCUGAUCCUCCAAUUCCACUUCUGGGAAUCUGUCCUAAAGAAAUAGUCUAAAAUGUGGGCAAAAUCAAUGCUUGACAAUCUUAAAGUCCAACAGUAGAAAAUUGGUUAAGUAAAUUACAGUAUGACUAUCCAGUAGACUGUUGUGCCAUCAUUAUAAUUUAUGUUUCUGAAGAGUAUUUGACAGCAUGGCAAAGUGCUUAUAGUGUUAAGUGAAAAGAGUGAUAUAUAAAAUUGUAUGUAUAAAUCCAAAAAAUGACUUUUAAAAAGAUGGAAAGGAUAUGCAAACUCUGGGUAGUUGGAUUAUGGGUUUUCCUGGUUUUAUGCUUUAAAAAAUGUUUCCAGUAUAUUAUUACUUAUAUUAUCAGUAAAAAUCAAUAGCAUCUAGAGCUGGCAGUGGAGAGAUUGAGGCCAGAUCACUAGUUUGGUCCAUGAACAAUUAACUGGCUGGGUGGACACAGAGGCUAUAUGAUCUUGUGUUGGCAGCAAGGCUGGGACAGAAGGGAAAAGGACCUGCCCAGGAGGAGAAGGGACCGUGUGACUAUGUGACCAUAAUCCCUACAAAAAAACACAAAGUGUUAAGGGAAGACACCGUGGGUGGCAUGCUCUUGUGAUGUAGUCGUAGGUCGGUAAAAGACCACUUAUGAAUCAAGUAUAUUCUGACAAGUGGAAAAGGAUAUGAAUGCUCUCCUGGGUAAAAUUAACCUCCUUUGCAUUUCAUUCUCACAUUCUCGCACAAAAUGAAUUAUCAAGAUGGAUUUUAUAAUAGCUGAUUCUCUAAAGAAUCUCUGAGACUUUGUAUGAUUCUUUAGUAUAGCAGUGGCUUUCGAUGUGCCAAGUCUACCUCCUCCCAUACUGGGACACUCAAGCAACGCAGAUGUACACGGGAAUUUUGGGUAUUCUAUACUGAGAAUACUGCACACAUAUCAUUAGUCAUCUUAAUGUUGUAACUUACCAAACUCUUAAGGUUUGCAAAUGUGAUUUUGUUGGCAUCUAGAACCAGUGUAUUUUUUAUUUAUGUCUGAAAAAUAAUCAUUGUGGGGUUUUAAAAUGAAAAAUCAUGUAGAUAAUGCCUAUCCAUAGAUGAAAUUGUUAUGUUGGGAAAAUGUGUACUUAAUCUUUGCUUUAGUAAAAUGAUUAUUAUAAAAAUGUUAAA